CUCCCUUCAGUUUCAGGAUGAGAAGUGGGCGCGGGCAGGAGUGAGAGGAGGAGGAGGCAGGCAGGCAGGCGAGGCGGCGAAGGUCCACAGCAGAGCGUAGGCCAUGGCGAUGGAAGGCUACAGCGUGGUCUCCGAAGCGGUGGUGCAGCGUGUGUUCUGGGUGGACUGGUUCCAUAAUGUGCCGCACAUCAACCUCACGCUUCACUUCGUCAAUUCGACCUUCCAACCUUACUCGCCCGUGUACCAGGAGAGCCUUGGUAUCAUCGGUUCCGUUCCAGCAGGAAUUUUAAUCUUGACGUUACUGGUCCUCCUGCUGUACCUGCUGACCCGAUGUUGCGACAAUCGGCCUCGCAAGCCGGGCUCCAUCACCUGUCUCAAGGUCACCCUUGUCCUCUUCGCCAUUUUAACCUUGGGAGCAUUGGGAGUGAGCAUAUGGGGAAACGAGGAGGUUCACGAAGGGAUGACGGAGGCCAUACGCUCCUUGGACAAUAUCAACAGCAUGGUGCACUCUCUCAGCAAUCAGACCAAGCUCUUUGACGAGACCAUUCGGAGGAACCUGCAGCCGCAACUGAAUCUCUUCAAGGAAACCGUUCAAAGGCAAAAAUCCGAAAACCAGAGCGUGGACAUGUUCAUUCGCGAGUCGCUUCAUUAUAUGCAAGGCAACAUCUCCGAAGUUCUUCUCAUUAAUGUGGAAGACAUCAAUUCUAUGAUGUCAGGCGCCGAGAUGGGAGGCGUGGUGCACAUGCUGGGAGUGGGUGAACUGGCACGUUGGGUGGGCACCCAGGGCGUCACGGGCAUCCUCAUGAUCGUCGUGCUUGUGGUGAUGGUCGGGGUGGCCAAGCACUCCCGCUGCACGCUCAUAACAUUUUCUGUAUUAGGUCUGCUGGCUAUGAUCCUCUGCUGGGGUUUGACGUCACUCUAUUUGGUCUCCACUGUUGCUCUCUCAGAUUGGUGCAUGGAUCCCAAUCCAUUCCUGGAGAGUCAGCUUAGCAAGCUUGUGUCUCGAGAUGUGGCUGCUUACUACCUUCGCUGUGACCCAACACGUAAAUCACCAUUCACUCGCUACCUGACCCAUGCCAAGCAGGCAGCUGAACUUGUGAUGACAUCGCUAAACAAGGUUACUACUCUGGCUGAUAGCAAUUACGAUCGUCAAGAGAUUCACCCUCGCUUGGACCACCUAGCUGCAUUUGUGAACCAGUCUCAGCGCAGUCUGGGCGGUGUAUCUGCCCUGCUUGAAUGCCAGUCUAUGCAUCAUCAGUAUCGCACAGCCCUCAAUGCCACCUGCUACCAGGCUAUGUCAGGUGUUGUCUAUCUGUUACUGUCAGCUGCUGGAAGUGGGCUCCUGUUCACGAUCCUGGUCUGGUUCACCUCGCACACCUGGAUCUACCUCAAUCACAAAAGAGGCUCUACUGGGCCCACUUCUACACGGCCUGGCAGGAAGAACGUGCCAGCUGUCAGAGUUUGGCUCAACACUCCACCGUCUCACCCGGCGGCUAUUGUAGCUGAGCCAGGGACCUCAGAGGAACGUGACCCCUUCCUGCCUGGUCGUGGCUCAAGAGGAGGAACGUUGACGUCCCUUGGGGCUCCUGGUUACUCGAGACCUCGUCACUCUCACACCCCACCUCAGACUCCACCAUUUCCAGGAACCUUAAAUGGACGUCACUUGUACCACAGCGAUGGGAUGGGGAGUAUAGGAGGAGGAAGUGGGUCGGCCCCUGCAACUGUAAGUACCAUGGGCCGUGGCGACAACCACCACCAUAACCACCACCACCACACACAUAGUCACAGUCAUAGUCAUUCAGUGGGUCCCAACCAAGGCCAGUAUGCUACUCUCUCCAAACAGUGCAAGACCCUCGAAUCAUCUGACUUCUACUAAAGGAUAUUGGCCACUUAACUAACAGCAUGGCUCUCUUUAUGGUAUUGUUGGACUCAGUAUUUUGCUGUAAUUUUAAGAUUGUCUUAGCACAUAAAACCUUAAUCUUCCAUGUGUAAAGAGAAAGAUCUGCUACAGGGAAGCAUGUGGAAAAGUACAAUGUCUUAAAGUGGAGGGUUUUUUGUGGAAGUGGUUUAGAGUUAAUGAGCAUCUGAUGAAAGAUGAAGUGACACCUUUGCCCUUUGAAGAGGAUAAUUCCAAAUAGAAGUAAAAAAACAAAAACAAAAAAAAACAAACAAACAAAGCCAAAAGAUGUUCACACACUUGGAUAUUCCUCAGUCAUUGGUCAUUAGGUGUGAUACAUUCAUUGUUAAUACCCAUUGCUUCCAUGACUGCUAUAAGGGCAUGAAUUUGUUAAUGAAUACAUAAAUAUAUUUUCAACUUAUCUGCAUGUGUCCCUGAAAUAUUUCAAUACUGGAUGGUCUUACUUCUCAUCUGUGGUGUUAAUUCUCAGUUUAGGAGAAACCAGGCAUAUUUCUUCCCAAGAUUAUCUUUAUGUUUUGUAAAAGGAAACAUUAUGUUAGCUACAUUAGGGAUUUGUUUUGUUUUGUUGUAUUUAAAAAUUUAAUGCACUUAUAUGCAUAUACAUAAAUAUAUAUAUUUAUAUAUGCACACACACAGACAUGGACUCAAACAUGAGCAUGCAGACAAAGACAGGCACACAGAAACAGAUAUAUGCAAACACACAGGCACACAAUACAUAAAUCUAUGUACUUAUAUGGAAAUACACAUAUUACAAACCUGCAUAUGCACAUACACAUACAAACCUAUGUACUUAUAUGAAAAUGUACAUAUUGGUGAAAUUUUUAUACACUUUUUUUAAUAAAAAGAUUUUUUGUAAAACUAUAUCAUGAUAUACGAAACACACUUCUAUUUGAUAUGCAUAUACUUUUAAUAUGUUUACUAUAUUGGGAUAAAUAUAAUAACAUUUGUAUGUGGGUGAUCAUAAGAAAUAACCAUUUAUUAUCUUAUUUGUCUGUCUUUCUAUGUACUACAUAUGUACAUGCUUUCAUAUUUUACACAUGGGAUGGAAUAAACAUACACACAGGAACACAGAUUGUAUAAUAUGCACAAGCUUAGAAAUUUGAGUCCUAUCUCAAAGUAAAAAAAAAUGUCUUGCUCAUUGUGAAUCCAGUGAAAAUCGUAUUUAUCUUUUUAUGUAUAUUUGGGACCAACAGUGAAAAACAGAAAUUAGUCUUGAUAGACCUCUUUAAAUAAUGUAAAAAGUACAAUGAUUAGUCAUGUCACUUGCCACUUAAUAUUCUCAUUGUGAACCAUAGGGAAUUAAGGAAAUAUAUUGUUUAUAAAUAGGGGUCUUUUCACUCUUAUGCAGCAUUGCAUUUCCAUCAGAUGAGUCUAGAGAAUAGAGAAUAGGCAAGGUAUUUUAGGAGAUGUGGAAAAACAUUUAUGAGUUCCCUCACUUUAUUUUUUGUGUAGAGAAGGUAUAUAUAAGAAUGGAGAACUUUAUGAAGCAAGAGAUAUAUUUGAAGCAUUUUGAUGAAAUUCUCUUCAAAAAUACAUCUUUUACUUUGUGAAAUUAUAUGUCCUGAUUUAUACUGUUUCUAAUUUAUCUCAAGGACCUUUUUAUUUAUUUUGCAAUAUAUUAUGUUUUAAAAUAUACUCCUCUCAUUCAAUUAUUUAUAAGUAUUGAAGGGUUUGGAGGAAUAGUGUUGACAUUAUUUUUACUUAUUGGCUCCGUAUAUACAUAAGGAAAUAGAGAAAAAAAUGUUGACCAACAUGUUAAGUUGAAAAGUGAUUUGAUGAUGAAAAUGUGUAUUAAACAAUUUAGAUAUGUUUAUGCCGAUUCAUUGUAUUAGAACAGCCAUGUAGAGUCCAGAUAAUACCAGUUGUGUAGUGUGUAAGGCAAUGAAAGCCAGUAUGAAAUGUGCCAAGUUUUUGUUCUUCAUUUGUAUUAAUGAAUAAUAUAUUGUUUUUGUGAUGAUGCAUUUCCUUAUAUGAGGCAUAUAAAUUCAUUGGUUUAUUCAGUAGUGGUGCUGUGAGAUGCAUUAUUGUGCAUUUUGCCCUUUUGUAGGACAGUUAAACAAAAUUUGUAACACAUUUAGAUACUGAUUGGAUAUGAUUUUAGUUAUGUCUGAAAGGAGAAAAUGUGUGCAUAUUUUUGUAAGGUUUCAUCACGUUAUGUGUAGAAAUUUUUAGUAUUUUUUUUGUCCCGUUUUUAAUUCACUGGUAUUUUACCUAAGAUAUAUGAGCAUUAGGUAUGUUCCUGUAGUUCAUGUUUUUGCUAAAUUUUCUAUUUUCCACUGUCCAAGCACUCCUCACAGAUGAGGUUUGGUUGAAUGUUAAGCUUUUAAUUAACUUCUUUGCAUACACUGUCUUCAGAAGAGCUUCCUACCAGUUCUAUAGUUAGCUUAUAAUUGUUGAUGUUUCUUUAGAUGGCUGAAGUGUUGCACUAUUAAGAUUUUUUCCUGGCUGUUUAUUUAUUCCUAAGCCUUUGCUUAUAUAAAGCCCUAGGUGAAGUGGGAUGAGAGAUCUUUUGUAGUCUCUUAAAACUAAUACUAGGGGGGUGAUAGACAACCUUGCCUUCCCAUCUUUUUUUUUUGGAACAAAAUAAUUUUUAUUUGUAAUAAGAAAUAUUGUUAUGCUUUUAUAUAUUUCAUUAUUACAUAUAAUUGGGAGAUACUAGAACCUUGCUAAAUCUCUUUUACUGCCUAUUUGGUGAAGUAUGUGUACACUUCGGUUGUUUCUUGCACCAGCCGAUCUAGUCAUUUGAUCAACCAUUGAUACGAUGGGUUGAGUGCCCGGUUGAUUGCUUGGUGUGAGGAAUCAUUACUGCUCAGCUUUGUUUUAUGCGUCUACUCUGAAUCUGUACCUUAAGGCCCUACACUUGCCAUUACAGAAGGAUGCAUUA